CAGCCUGCUGAGAGACAGCCCCAGGGAGGGUCUGAGAGACUGCUAGAGCAGGGAGGAGACUGCAGCAAGAACAACGCAGCCCAAAAAAAACUACCUGGAAGGGUGAGACUGCCAAAGCUGCAGCAUAUUACACACGAGAGACCCUCACUAGUGGCCACCAGGGUCCUCAGCAAAGGAGUAGACUUGGAUCUGCUGGAGAGUCAAGAUGUCUGACGAAGUAAUUGUUCCAGUGUACGCCACAGGGAUCUCUGCUCAGCUGCAGAAGCAACGGGACCACGAGCUUGGCAUUGGAAAACAUGAAAAUGCUGUGAAGUUUUUAGGGCAGGAUUUUGAUCGGAUCCAGCAAGAAUGUUUACAAAGUGGAACUCUCUUUAAGGAUGAGACCUUUCCUCCUUCUGCUUACUCACUGGGGUUUAAGGAGCUUGGUCCAAACUCAUCGAAGACCUAUGGAGUUAAAUGGGUCCGUCCUACGCAAAUAGUUUCAAACCCUCAGUUUAUCGUGGACGGGGCUACAAGAACAGACAUCUGUCAGGGAGCUCUUGGUGACUGUUGGCUUCUCGCUGCUAUUGCCUCCUUGACAUUAAAUGACACUCUCCUCCACCGAGUGGUUCCUCAUGGUCAGAGCUUUCAGCAGAAUUACGCAGGACUCUUCCAUUUCCAGCUAUGGCAGUUUGGCGAGUGGGUAGAUGUGUUGGUUGAUGACUAUCUCCCAGUUAAGGAUGGAAAACUUGUCUUCGUACACUCUGCCUCAGGGAAUGAAUUCUGGAGUGCACUGCUGGAGAAGGCCUAUGCUAAGGCUAAUGGGAGUUAUGAAGCUCUCUCUGGAGGGAGCACUUCUGAAGGCUUUGAAGACUUUACAGGAGGAGUUACUGAGUGGUAUGAGCUGAAGAAGCCUCCUGCAGACCUUUUUGGCAUUAUCUUAAAGGCUUUGGAGAGGGGAUCCCUCAUGGGUUGCUCGAUUGAUAUAACAAGUGCAACCGAUAUGGAAGCCGUAACAUUCAAGAAACUCGUCAAAGGUCAUGCAUAUUCUGUUACAGGAGCAAAGGAGGUCAACUAUAGAGGUCAGAACACAAAGCUAAUUCGGAUGAGAAACCCUUGGGGCGAGGUGGAGUGGACUGGAGCAUGGAGUGAUAACUCUAAUGAGUGGAAUUCUGUGGAUCCUUCACAGAGAGAUGAACUGAGAAAUAAAAUGGAGGAUGGUGAAUUUUGGAUGUCUUUCCAAGAUUUCCUUCGUGAAUUUUCUCGUCUUGAGAUUUGUAAUCUCACUCCUGAUGCCUUAACUGCACGCAGAUUCCGCAAGUGGAACACAACACUUUACAGUGGAAGUUGGAGGAAAGGGAGUACAGCCGGCGGGUGCAGAAACUUCCCAGCAACCUUCUGGAUCAAUCCUCAGUUCAAAAUCAAACUGGAAGAUGAAGACGAAGAUGAUGACUAUGGCUCAGAAAAAGGCUGCACCUUUCUUCUAGCCCUUAUGCAGAAGAACCGGAGGAAGGAGAGACGAUUUGGCAAGGACAUGGAGACCAUUGGCUUUGCUGUUUAUGAGGUACCCAGGGAGUUCCUGGGACAGUCGGCUGUGCACCUUAAACGUGACUUUUUCCUAUCAAAUGCAUCCCGUGCACGCUCCGAGCAGUUCAUCAACCUGCGAGAAGUCAGCACCCGACACAAGCUCCCUCCAGGCGAAUACUUAGUGGUGCCUUCCACCUUUGAGCCGAAUGUUGAGGGAGAUUUUGUCCUGAGACUCUUUUCAGAAAAUUCUCAUGGGACAGAGGAAAUGGAUGAUCCAAUCACUGCUAACUUACCUUCCGAGGAAACCUUAUCUGAAGCGCAACUUGAUGAAGGAUUCAAGAAACUUUUCAAACAGCUUGCUGGAGAGGAUAUGGAAAUAAGUGUGCAGGAGCUACAGUCCAUAUUAAACAAAAUCAUGUCCAAACAUAAAGACCUUCGCACUAAAGGGUUUAGCGUGGAGUCUUGUCGCAGUAUGGUGAACCUUAUGGAUAAAGAUGGAAAUGGAAAACUUGGAAUGGUGGAAUUUAAUAUUCUGUGGAACAAGAUCAAGAAUUAUUUGACUGUUUUUAGAAAGUUUGACGUGGAUAAGUCUGGGAGCAUGAAUGCCUAUGAGAUGCGUCUGGCGGUGGAGUUUGCAGGUUUCAAACUUAGCAAUACCCUGCACCAGCUCAUCAUUACCCGAUAUGCAGAGCCCGACCUGGCAGUGGAUUUUGAUAGCUUUGUGUGUUGUCUAAUCCGGCUGGAGACCAUGUUUAGAUUCUUCCAGGGGAUGGACACUGACAAAGACGGUGUUAUCAACUUCAACCUCUUCACGUGGCUCCAGAUGACUAUGUUUGCAUAAUGAAAUCCUUGUCCUGCAUGGGCUGGAUCCCUGAAUGCUCCUAUGUGCUGUAAUGAAGCACAAGUGCCUUUCCACUCACUGCCCCCGUGCCAAAGCAAUACAAUGAAGAUAUGCCUCUCUGCCAUCUCUCUCCUGAAUAUGUUCCUGUGUGGCCUUUCCUGUCUCUGUGGCAUCCAUUAUAUGUAUAUCUCCAACUUGUAUCCCCUCCCUCCACUUUCACAAGUCAGAGAGAGAUCUUGGUACAGUGGUCUUCAACCCUUGCUCUAGAGUUCUUUCAAAAUGUAUGUAUGCAGCUAUAAGGCCAUGUUAGAAGUUGCAGUUUUACAAUAUCUGGAGAGAUGUAGGUUGGAGACCGCAGUCUAAAUGUGACCAUACAUACAGUAGUCAAAAGGUGAUGAAAAUGGACAAUUUCAAUAAAAAUUGUUCAUUGGGUAAAAUUUAACAAUAAAUGAACAUUGACGGUCAUCGUCAGCUGUGUUAAAUAUUCAUCCAGUAGUCCACGAAUGAUCUCUCUGUGAAAGGCAGACGUUACCCAGAAAGAUCAUCCCUCCUUCAACCAGUUUCAUUGUCCAUGCUUGGCCAGUUUGAACAACUGUAUCGGCUAAUAUAGACUAAAAUGUUUGACUGUGCCUGCAUAACGAUCAUUCACCAGACAAUCAAGCGUUCAACAUCAGCCCUACUGUCUGUCUGUGUAUGGCC